AUGGUGAUGGAAAUCUGGGAGGAGCUUGUUGGCGAUGAGCCACUAGACAUAGAGGUGGAUCUGGUCCUCGACGGGAAGGUCUUCAGCACGCUGCAUUCGUCCAAAGCCAUUUUCGAUGCUGCGCCGGAGCGGGGAGACUUCAGAUCCCAGCAGUUCAUUUUCGCGAUUAAGGUGCGCGACCUGCCCAGGGACAGCCAUCUCUCGUUUCGAUUGCGGCCUCAAAGUGCGCCUGCCAGGAAAGCAGGGCCCAUGUACUGUAGCCCUCUCAUCUUGUAA